AUGUACGGUCGCACGAGCUACGGCGGCAACUCCCUCAUUCAGCAGACCCUACCCGCGUUUUUCCUAUACUUCACUCCCUUCCUGGUUAUUCUUGCCUUUGCAGUCGUGGCGCUUCUCUUUGUUCCUUUGGGCAUCAUCUCCAUUCUCGUUGGUGACCGCUACUACGAGGUGCGGCAGAACUACAACGAGAUCCAUCAGUACCAGUACCUUCCAACAGACCCCAGCGUCAACGUGAAUGAGGGCAUUCGCGCCUUUAAAGUGGGGAACGUCAUACACCGGCAGGGUACCCGCACACGCGUGAAGCUGGAGGUGCGGGAGACGCUAAAGGCGCCGGUGUAUUUAUACUACACGCUGGGAAAUUUUUUUCAGAACUUUAGGGAUUUUCAUGACGGGGCCUCGCGCAACAUGCUGCGCGGGAAGGAUCAUCAUGGCGAUACACACAAGGAGUGCGAGCCCUUUCGAAAACCCGGGUUUCUCAACGGUGAGCAGCACAAGGAAGUAAAGGUUGAGGUGGAUGGCGUAGCACAUGUGCUACGGUACGGGGAUUUUACUUACAACCCGUGUGGAAUGGCGCCAUGGUCAAUGUUCAACGACACUUUUGUUCUCUACCGCGUGGAGGCCCCGGCGAGUGAUUUCCCACAGUCGGCCGACAAACUUGUGAUGAUCUGCAACUCCAGCGAUUUUGGUCCCACCGGCAAUCCCCUGGGCCAGAGUGUCUCACGCAACUACUGCCGCAAGCAUGGAAUCUCGUGGAAAGCCGAUACGGAAAUACGAUUCAAACCCCUACACACAAGUAUGCGGCACUGGUCACUGCGCUACCCCUACCCAAACGAUGAUGUCUACCUCACAAAUGGAUGGUAUGCGAAUGAGCCCGGUCACAGUCUAACAGAUCCAGCGGACUACGACCUGCAUGUGUGGCUGCGCCGUUCGGUGUUGCCUAACUUUCGCAAGCUGCUUCGAAUUAUUGAUGUGGACCUAGAGAAGGGAAUGUAUGUUAUGGACAUUGAGGAGUACUUUGACGUUACGACGUUUCGCGGCUCAAAAGGGUUUCUUCUCCGUACUCAAUCGUGGCUAGGGAAGGAUGGUCAUGCACUUGGGAUUGCUUUUCUCUCCGUAGGAGGGCUCGCCUUUGUGGUCGGAGCCACCUUCUCCAUUGAGUUCCUUCUGCGACGCCACAAGGAUGCGCGGCCGCUGCCAGAACCCAAAGCCCGGUGGUACAUAUUUGACCCCAAAAGUGUGGAGAUGCGGGUAUACUAUGAACAGCUAACAAGGCGCUGUAAUCAGUGA